CGCCUCACCGACACUACUUCCUCGCUUGUCUCUACUUUGUUCCCGAUGGUUUGUGACAGGCGCUGAUUUCUGUGCGUUCGGUUUGCUCACCGGUCGACUGUGUCUUCGCCUGUGUUUCCUCUUUUGCACCGUGAAAUUGGGUUUUAUUCGUGGUACUUGUUGAACGAGUCGCCGCUGGCGAUUUUCCGCAGAGCUUUCGAUCGAAAAAUUGACUGUGAAUCCGCCGCGAGCACAGAGCCAAGUAUUUGAGCGUGAAGUUCGAAAAAAAAAAUGCGAAGAAUCAGUUACCAGCAAUCAUCGAUUUUACACUUCGGAAAAUCACAAGAGAAAAAAGCAGCAGGGAGUAGAGAGUGCAGCGAAUAAAUGAAAAAGAAAAGAGUAACGAAGAGAAGGAGAUCGUCGACUUUCCGUCGAAAUUAUUAAAUCAUCUCGAAGCGAAGACAAGGCAAAACGAGCGAGCAAUCAGUAUCCGUAGCAAAGCACAAAAAAAUCAACAGCAGCUCGCGCCCGUGCGCGCGCGCUUAUUUCAGCGUUGCAAAUCGAAGGCAAAAAGGCAAAAGGGUUCUGUUGCUGCUACAGCAGAGGAGGCUUUAACGGGAGCUGCGCGCUUUUACCGAGAAUGUUGGGGGAUAUAGCGGAGGAUGGGCACUAGAGCCAGAGCUCGCCGCUACUUUUCACGAGCCUCCGAUUUUUCGAUUUUUGGAGUUACGACAGCAGCCGUUGUGCAGAGCUCAGAAUGCGGUGGCUCGGCUACGUGACGGCGAUACUCUGGUGGUCGGGAAUCGCCAGGUCCCUCAGCUCCAUGAAUCGAGGUCAGUGAUCGUCCCCUCCUCCCUCCUUUUGCAUGCUUAGUCUCUGUAUAUACAUUUUGUGCGAAUGAGAGCUUAAGCUGUCGUGUGGUUGCGCUCCGAUCGAUCUUCGGUUUGUUUCUCUCUUUCUCUCUCUCUCUCUCUCUCUCUCUCCAGUGUCUUUUCACGGUGACUGAACUGUUUCGUGAAACGUGGAUGCAGUGCCUAGUGCGCUAUAAAAAUCUUUGUAUCCGUUCCUGUCUUGUACGUAUGUUACGGUGGAAGACGUUUUUAUAUAAGUGAGAUUGUGGACAGUUUGUUGAAUUGAAGGAGGGAUUUUAUUUUUGCUGCUACAAAAUAAGUCCAAAGCCGUGUCGAGUUGCCGGCCAGCCGAACGUCGAGGGUACUUGCAUGUUCGUCUGGGAGUGCAUUAAGAGCGAAGGUAUCCACGUUGGCGUAUGUGUCGACACAUUCAUGUUUGGCAGCUGUUGCGUGCACAAUGUUACCAGUAAUAGCAUGUCUGCUUCUAAUGGUAACCAACUGCAAACAAGACCGUCGCUUGCGGAGGCGCUGGCCGCCGAAUCCACCAGUAUCAGGCCGCAAUCCGGCCCCUCUGCAUUUACUAGUCAUGUCACGACAUUACAAGCCGGUUCACAAGCUCACACGUCAUUAGCAACAACGAGGCAGCCAGCGCGUCCGGUAUCAAAUUCCCGACCAUAUUUACAAAAGAGGCCGCACUCAAAGCCAAACAGUCCCGAGCAAGAUUAUCAGGAGCACAUGCACAACGCGUCGCAAAUAACCCGACGACCGGGUACACAAGAGGAUCGUCAUCACGGCAGUAGCGACAGUAAUCAUCAUCACCAUCAUCAUCAAGGUGGUUUCAAGGACAAAGUAUCGAAUUCACACCAUACGUUACUCGUCAGGCUGCCCAACAAGAAUAGUAACAAUCAACAGCAAGGUUCAUCGAGCAAGAGGCCGUAUCACAAGCCAGGCUACCGGCCGUACCAAGAAGAUGAUCAAGCAGCCGACGAACAGGCGCAGCACGAUCUUAGUGUGCAAGAGUCCGUGCACAGGCCAAGCAUCAACUCGGUAGAUGACGACGAGGCAUCGGACAAGCUGAACAAUCUCAACUUGAUUCAUACGGAGCGACCUCCAUGGGCGACAAAGCCGCAAAUUUCGCACGCGAGACCUGAAUACUCGAAGCCGUAUUUUUCUAUGAAAACAACAUCGAGUACGACUGCAAAGACGACAACGACGCAUCGACCGUCGAGCAUCACUACUCCUGCAUCUACUUCGUAUUACAGCGGGCAACCUACCAGCGCAGCCGGCUCGGCGUCGCACUGGCAAGUAACGACGGAGCCGGCCUUCGUCACACGUCACAAGCAGCCGAGCAGCAGCGGUAGUAACGCUUGGACUCACAAGCCUCAGCAUAAACCCCAAUGGACCGACCCGCAGAGGCCAAGCUUCAAGCCUACCGAGCCUCAAGAGAAUAACAUCUACCAGAAGCCCCACUCAGCUCACUACAUCACGACAUCGUUCCUGGAAACGCCAACGAAAGCUCGUCCAACGAAAAAACCGUCGACAACGACAACGACCUCUACGCCAAUUAGUACAACGAGAACAAGUACGACAACAACCACUACGGCAGCGACAACAACGGAGUCAUCAUCAGCAAGGACAGGUUCUGUGUUGACAGUACCAGCUGCAGCGGAGAACAGUGAAAUGUCAUGUGGCAUGCCACCAUUGUAUCCUAGACCCGAGACGAGGAUUGUCGGUGGCAAAGAGGCUGGAUUUGGCAAGUGGCCUUGGCAGGUUUCUGUAAGAAGAACGUCGUUCUUUGGUUUCUCGAGUACUCAUCGAUGUGGUGGUGCUGUGCUCAAUGAAAAUUGGAUUGCUACUGCUGGGCAUUGCGUCGACGACUUACUAACGUCGCAGAUCAGAAUACGAGUUGGUGAGUAUGACUUCUCGUCGGUGCAAGAGCGACUCCCCUACGUUGAACGUGGCAUCGCCAAAAAAGUCGUUCAUCCGAAAUACAAUUUCUUCACGUUUGAGUAUGACUUGGCGUUGGUGCGUCUCGAGACACCAUUGAAUUUCGCGCCUCAUAUAUCACCGAUUUGCCUACCCGCUAGCGAUGAACUUCUCGUUGGUGAGAAUGCUACUGUCACUGGAUGGGGUAGGCUUAGCGAGGGUGGCACUCUUCCUUCUGUACUUCAAGAGGUUUCCGUGCCAAUCGUCAGUAAUGACAAAUGCAAAUCAAUGUUCCUCAAAGCCGGCAGGCACGAGUUCAUCCCUGAAAUUUUCUUGUGUGCCGGAUAUGAAACUGGUGGCCAAGAUUCUUGUCAGGGUGACUCGGGCGGUCCACUCCAAGUACGAGGCAAAGACGGUCGCUACUUCCUAGCGGGUAUAAUCUCUUGGGGCAUCGGUUGCGCCGAAGCAAACUUACCAGGUGUCUGCACGCGGAUAUCCAAGUUUGUGCCGUGGAUCCUCAAGAACGUUACAUGAUUGACCCCUUUCACCACGAAAGUAUAGAAAUGAAAAUGGCAAGCCGAUAGACUGCAUUGUCACGUCACGUUUGUCACAUGAGGAAGACGACGAUAAUUUCCACACGAGUGUACAGAACUUUGAAGGAAAAAGAGUACAUCGAGUGUAGUUUUAGUAAAGUAAAUACUCACGCGGAGUCAACACUCGAAUGAGUCAGUGCAUCAGUGCAUUAUUAUUAUUACCACUGCCGAUAUUUUCUUUGACUUAUACUUUGUAUUUAUUAUAUUAAAUACGAGAAAACGAACGAUUAAUAUAUUCUUCCGUAGGUUUAGAUUUGUAUAGUUUAUAAGGUGCGCAAUUGUCUCGUUGAAUGAGAGAAGUCUGAAAAUUCCUAUCUUAUAUGGCGAAUGAUAUUAUUUGAAAAAAAAAAAAAGAAAGAGAUUGCACGCAUUUUUUUCGGGGGAAUUUAUCAUUGUGCUUUACUCGACUGAAAAGAGCUUAAAAAGAACAUUUUUUUAUAUUGCAAUAAACUACAAAGUUUUCAUACUAGUCGCCGCAUGUUGGAGGUAGGAUUUUUUUAUGUAUGUAUAGCUAAAAGUGUUUGUUUUCUUUUUUUGUAAAUGCUAUGCUCUUGCCUUUUAUGCAUCGUUUAUUGUAUCAUUUUUUUUUGUUCUUUAUUGUACAGAUCGAAAUAUUCAUAGCUAACCCGGCGAAAUAUCCGUUUUCCUGUUUUCUUCCUGUUAUAACACGUGAACGGGUUUGUAAAGUACGCACAUCUCAUGUAUUUUUUCUCCCUUCUCUUUACAUUGUUUUUAAUUCAUUUUUGUACAAAAUAAACUUUUGUAAGUUCACAUUCACAAUGAUAAAUAUGCGUGACUUUAAGUUAAGGAGAAAAAAAUACAUUUAUAGAUUUAUAUACAUAAUAAAUUGUUUAUAGAGCUUAAUUUGUUAUUUAUAAGUA